CAUGAAAGGCUGUAUGUUCGUGCUCAUAUCUAAUGCGUGGCCUCUUAACUUUUUGCUGCGUGUAUAUUAUCAGCAUAAGCUCAGUUCGUACACGAAUCGUUAAUCAGUACAGUGUGUUCAUACAGCCGUUGGAGGUGUAAAUGUAUACAAAAUGUCGGAAAGUUCACAAAUUGUCCAAGGUUUAACAGGAUUUUCAUGGGAUCUCUACAGAGCUGCGUCACAGAAAGGGGAAAAUUUCCUUAUUUCUCCCCACAGUGUAUGCUCUGCUUUAAUGUUAGCAUGUUUAGGUGCCAAAGGAAACACAGCAGCGCAGAUCUUCAAAACUCUUGGCAUGUGUGAUACGGCAUCCGAUGAAUAUCAUACGGCCUACAGCGGGUUAAAUGAAAACUUGAAGAAACUCAGUAACGAAUCAGAUGGCGUUUCUCUUAACGUUGCAAAUAAAUUGUUUGCAGGAAAUGUUAUGAAAGUUCUCGAAAAGUAUGUGCAGGAAGCAAAAAAGCUUUACACCAGCGGCAUAGAAACAAUGGAUUUUGCUUGCAAGCCCGAAGAAAGCAGACAGCUGAUCAACAAAUGGGUUGAAGAACAAACAAAUGACAAGAUAAAGGAUCUGCUUAAAGAAGGUACAGUUGGACCAGGUACUAAACUGGUGCUAGCGAAUGCUGUUUAUUUCAAGGGGAAAUGGGACAAACCAUUUAAACAGGAAAAAACAGAAUCAACCGACUUCCAUGUGUCGUCUGCAGUGAGCGUCAAAGUUGAAAUGAUGCGCGAGAAAUUUGAUUUACGGUAUGUAAGAAACGAAGAAGAGAAGUUUUCUGCUGUUGUCGUGCCUUAUCAGAAUAAUUACUUUUCUAUGGCAGUAGUCCGACCAGAUGAUGUAGAAGGACUGUCGCAAAUCGAAGAAUCUCUCAACUCUGACAAAGUUGUAUCACUCGUGGCAGAUAUACGCCAGUCGAUGAAGUGCAAGGUCGACAUUGGUCUGCCGAAGUUUGCCUUCUCACAGGCAUCCGAUCUGACACGCAUACUCCCAAAGCUUGGUGUCGAAGAUCUUUUUGAUCCAGCGAAAUCUGACCUAAGUGCUAUGACAGAUACGUCCGAUGUCGCCAUCAGUGACGUAAUACACAAAGCAUUCAUUGACGUCAAUGAAGAAGGUACGGAGGCGGCGGCAGCCACGGCGAUGAUCUCUCGCAUGAUGGCGAUGCCGAUGGGAGAAAUACAGUUCAUUUGUGAUCGCCCGUUUCUCUUCAUGAUGAUAGAAAACCAGUCCGGACAUAUUUUUUUCAUCGGGCGCUAUGCAAAACCAUAAUAGAGAAAAACUGGUGGAUUCAUUUUAUAAAUUGGAUGGGCAUGCUCGAAUCAAAUGAGGAGUUUUUCGCAUGUUCUUGAAAAUCUUCAGUUACUCUGUCUUCGAAAUGCGAAAUUGUGCUGCAUGUAUAUUGUUUUCAGUCUAGAAGAAAUCUUAUCUUUGCUUUUGAAAUGUGUUUAUAAUUAUCAUUUUAGCAGAUAGCGACGUUUAUGAAAUUCAUGUGUAAAUAUUUAUCUUUGCUCAUGGAAUAAAAUGAUUUAACUCCUUCA